CCAGUUGCGUGCGACUUCUUUAAACGAACCCAUCCAGAUUACCAUUAUGGGGUUUUUUAACAAUGCUUCACCUCAAUUCUACUUGGUUUUUAUUUUCAUGUCUCCUUAUACAUUUUGUCGUAAACGGUAUCCGUUCUGCUCCAAAUUCAAAUAAAGUUUGUUUAUUUGAUUUCUUAAACGGCAAAUUUCUUUUAAACUUUUUUCUUCUAAUCAGCGAAAACAAAUCCGAGGCCAGAGGACUCACCAUUUUAAUUUUCCUGUUUAGAAUAAAAGAUGAAAGCAUUCUUAGCUAAAUGAAAUUCAUAAACGGAAGUCUCCCUCCUAACUUCAUUCAUGGAGAAGAAAUGGGUAGUCCCCCUCUUCGUGAGUACUUUAUUCGGCAUCUUCCUCCUAAGGUCCCUCAACAUGGGUCUAUUUUCCUCCAUGGAAACCAUCAACUCGGUUCUCUCUCUUUUACCAUCCAAAAUCUCCGGCGACAACCGUGACUCUCCUGUCAUCGUCGAUUCCAAGCUCUCGUCGGAGCCACCGGCGCCGGCCCCUGACGUACCUCGCCUCGCUUACCUCAUCUCAGGGUCGAAAGGGGACCUCAGCAAGCUGUGGAGGACCCUUCAUUCUCUUUAUCAUCCUCACAAUCUCUACGUUGUGCACCUCGAUCUGGAGUCACCGGCGGCGGAGAGGCGGGAGCUCGCUGCCCGGGUGGCCAACCAUUCGCUGUUCGCCAAGGUGGGGAACGUUUAUAUGAUCACUAAGGCGAACAUGGUGACCUACAGAGGUCCGACAAUGGUGGCUAACACCUUGCAUGCCUGCGCUAUUCUUCUCAAGAAAUGGAAGAAAUGGGAUUGGUUCAUCAACCUUAGCGCUUCUGAUUACCCUCUCGUGACUCAAGAUGAUCUCCUUUUAACCUUCUCAAAAUUGCCUAGAAAUCUGAAUUUUGUUGAGCACACGAGUAGAUUGCGAUGGAAGGAGCCACACAGGGCAAAACCUUUAAUCAUGGAUCCAGGGCUCUACAUGACAAACAAGUCUGAUGUGUUUUGGUUGUUGUCAAAGAGAGAAGUGCCCAAUGCCUUUAAGCUGUUUACAGGAUCAGCAUGGAUGGCUCUGUCAAGAGAGUUUGUUGAAUUCUGCAUCUGGGGCUGGGACAACCUACCAAGAGUUCUCCUCAUGUACUACACCAACUUUAUCUCGUCCCCCGAGGGCUACUUUCAAACAGUCAUCUGCAAUUCACCAGACUUCAAUGGCACAAUAGUAAAUCAUGACCUCCACUAUAUUUCUUGGGACAUUCCUCCCAGACAACACCCACACACCCUCUCCCUUAAUGACAUCGGUAAAAUGAUUAGCAGCAAUGCUCCAUUUGCACGGAAGUUUGAUAAGGAUGACCCUGUUCUCGACAAGAUUGAUGAUGAGCUCCUUCACAGAGUCAAGCAGUGGGUCAUCCCCGGAGGAUGGUGCUCUGGUGAGCCCCUUUGCUCUGAUGUUGCUGAUGAGCUAAAGCUUAAACCUGGACCAGGAUCGGAGAAGCUUGCAUUGCUUAUGGAUAGGUUAUUUUCAUCUGAAACAUUCAUGUUUAACCAAUGUAAAUAGAAAUAGUAUUGUCUGUUGCAAUGUCUCCUUUUUCAUUGCUUCUACUUGUUCUCGAUUAUUCAAGUUUGAAUUACAUUAAGAAUGUUUACAUGGUAUCAAAGCAUCUGUGUAAUGGAAUCAUUUCUCAUACUUUCCUUCUUCUAUUUCUCAUUAUGAAUG